CAACGGCUCACCCCGGAAACGGUAUCCCUGCGCCCACACAGACUCCUCCAGAUAGGAAGAUAAUGGUGGGCCGGAAGCCGAUGCGCCGGCGCCGCGCCGACCACCCGCCUCCGCCGCCGCCGCAGUCCUUCGGUGCCACGGCCCGGGCGACCUCCCCCCGCUCCUCCACCUCCGCCUCCGCCGUCGCCGACCUGGACGAGCUGCUCUACACGCCGUCCGCGUCGGAGCCCCGGAGCUUCCCGCACGCGGUGAAGCAGCAGUGCUGGGAGAAGGCCGAGAAGGUGCCUGGGCGCGACCCGGAGAGGUGGCGCCGCGACGCGCUCGGCAACAUCGUCUUCCGCAAGCUCGUCGGCUGCCCCGGCUGCCUCUGCCACGACUACGACCACAUCGUGCCCUAUUCCAAGGGCGGGAAGAGCACAUUGGAGAACUGCCAGGUUUUGCAGGCUACUGUGAAUCGAUCUAAAGGGAACAAUACUGAGAUAUCCAAAUCUGAACUAGCACAGAGAAGCGCAUAUUGUCGGGUUUCAGGACGUGAUAUGGAUCUUUUUGAACUCUCUGCCUUUGGGAAUGUUCGACGAGGGCCAGAUUCAGGGGGCUGCAAAAUCCAAUGAAGAAAUGAACAUAUCUGAUGUGAUGUUAGCCAGCUUUGAGCAGUUGCCUCGAAUCUGUGAAGAGAAAGCUUGGUUGAUGGUUGUGUCAAAUAGUAUCAGUUAUUUGUCUGUAAUUUGACACUUUGACUGAAUUAUCCAAGGAAAAAUAAUCUGCUAUUUUGCAGCCCGAUAUCUGUUGUGUUCAGUACGGAGUAUAUCUUUUGUUACUCCAGUUCUUUACCAUGGCAAUUUUACUGUCAUAUAAUUUAUCUAGAAUUAGCAAUGCAAGUAAAAGCCAUAGGAAGAAUGGUCAAUUUGAUUUAAUGUUGUGAUCCAGAUAAUCUACAGACUGACAGCUGAGUUAUGUUUGUUCUAUUUUAACGUCUGUGACUUCUUUUUGUAAAAUACUGAAUCAAGGUUAUCAUGUAUUGAGAAGCUUUGUGCA